AGCCACUGGACGCAGAAAGGAGGAGCGGGACCCGACCCCAUCUUUUUGACAUUCUGCGCCUCCAACCGCUGACUCUCCCGAGCCUCCCCCAAAGGCCAAAGUCUCCAGUUUCCUCUCCUCAUCACCUCACUGCCAAUCGCCAAGCACGAGCCUCUGGGGUCACUUGCCCAGCACUGUGACUGCGUCCCCGUCCGCCGCGGUCCCCAUUACUCAGGUGCAUUGCGCUCCGAGCCCAACUUGUUUCCGCCAUCCCAGCGACCCUCCAGCUUUCUCUCACCCGUGGGCCAUCCCCGACUCUAUCUUCCCCUCUCCUCUCUCCAACACGUCGCAAAACGUCGUUCGAAUCCUCAUUUUCACUGCAUCUCCCAUUUGAGGUUGAUUGUCAGUUCAACCCGACGACUUGGCCGGUUAACGCCAGCCUCCGUCGCGCAUAUCCGGAGCCCCAGCGUGCAGCAACCGGCAAACCAACACGACUCGAGAAAAUCGCCACCGGCUGCGCUCCCGAUAGGCGGAUUGCGAGAUAACGCCGAGCCAGCGACCACCACCACACAGUAUCCAAGGAAAACUUCUUCCUCGCGGGAAAAGUAAUUAUGGCUUCCCCUCCAAAGCCCUGGGAACGGGCCGGUGCUCCAACAACAGCUGCCUCAAUCACACCCAUGUCUGCCGCAUCUAUCGCGACCCCGACACCGGCCACAUCCCUCUCCGGUGGUACCCCGCCCGCCGUUCCCGAACGACCUGCCUCUCUCGCCUCCGCGGUUGACCAAAACGCUGCCGCUUAUAGCAGAGCAGGCUUAGGUGCGGCCGCCAGUCCCUACGGCUCAUACGGCGGCGGUGCCUACUCUUCUCCCUACAGCAGCCCAUACUCAAGGAUGGGUUCCUACGGCGGCUACGGCGGUGGUAUGUACGGUGGUGGCAUGUAUGGCGGUGGCUACGGCGGUGGCAUGUACGGAGGAGGCAUGUACGGCGGCGGUAUGGGCAUGGGCGGUAUGGGAGGCAUGGGAGGGCCCAACGACCCGAACAGUCUUACCAACAGAUUCAACAACAGUACUCAAGCGACAUUCCAAAUGCUGGAGGGCAUCGUUGGUGCCUUUGGAGGCUUUGCCCAGAUGUUGGAGAGCACAUACAUGGCCACACACUCAAGCUUCUUCGCAAUGGUGUCAGUAGCAGAGCAAUUCAGCAAUCUUAGGGAUACCUUGGGCUCGAUACUCGGUAUCUUCACCUUGAUGCGUUGGAUCCGAACCCUCAUCGCCAAAAUCACCGGCCGCCCGCCUCCAGCCGACGCGACCGCGCUCACACCAGCAGCCUUUGCCAAAUUCGAAGGCCGGUCGCCCAUCGGCCCCGACGGCGCUCCCCUGGGACCCCCCAAGGCUUCCCGCAAGCCGCUCUUCUUCUUCCUCCUUGCCGCCUUCGGUCUCCCGUACCUGAUGCGCAAGAUGAUCAACACCAUGGCAGCAUCUGCGGAAGAGGAGGAACGUCGCCGUAUGGCUCUGGCCGGCGCGCAACAGCCCUUGGACCCGUCCAAGCUUGAUUACUGCCGUCUCCUGUACGACUACGCUCCUCAGGCUGGCAACGCCGUCAAGGACGUUGACAUGGAAGUGCGCAAGGGCGACCUCGUCGCUGUUCUCUCCAAGAGCGAUCCUAUCGGUAACCCUAGCGAGUGGUGGAGGUGCCGCGCGCGCGAUGGCCGUACCGGCUACCUCCCCUCGACCUACCUCGAGGUGAUUAAGCGACCUGGUCAGCCUCUCGCUGCCAUCAAGGGUGCGCCCAGCGACAGCAGCCGAACCAACUCGCUGACCGGCGCCGCUCCCGAAAAGGGACCGGAGAUCAAGACGAAGAUCGGAGACGUUUCGCCCGAGAGCUUCCAGAAGAGCGUGUUCUACAACUAAACUAUAUAUAAACAACCCGUCACGAAGGGCGACCUAUCUGGCAGGAACGAUAAAGCGGUGUGACGAGUGAUGCGGCAAGUGGAGAGACGGAUUUUUCUUUGUAGGUUUUGUACGAUUCAGUUCCCAUCUGGGAUGUUUGUAAGUCCGAUUAGGACUCAAAAGCUGGGCGUUCAGGUUCAUGAUCGCGUCCCUUGGUAGUGGGAGCGGAUGGAGUGGCCGCUUGGUUAUCUUGGCCUCAAUUUGAUGUGUGAUUACGCAGUUCAAAGCCAUGAGUAGCGGUAGUGUAAGCGACAGGAUUCUUGACCAUCAACUAUCAAUUAUCAAAUCAUCUCUGUUGCUGUGCAUAUUGAGAGA